AUGAUAGAGGGAUACAAUAGGAUAUAUGUUGGAAACCUAGCUUGGGACAUAACAGAGGUUGACCUGAGGAAGUUUUUUUCUGAUUGCAAGAUCUCAUCCAUCCGAUUUGGAACCGACAAGGAGACAGGUGAUUUCAAAGGCUUUGCACAUGUUGAUUUUUCUGAUGGCACAUCUCUUGCUGUUGCUAUGAAGCUUGACCAGAACGUGAUUAAGGGGAGGCCAGUCAGAAUCAGAUGCGCUGUUCCCAGGAAAGAAAGCCAGAAACCAAAUGACAAUGCAAACUCAGAUUCAUCAAAGAAUAAGAUCCGUACAUGUUUUGAAUGUGGCACUCCUGGCCAUCUCUCUUUUGCUUGCCCUAAUAAGAAGCCUUCUGAAGACAUGUCUACUGAAACAAUGGCUGCUACAGAUUCAGCCGAAGCACCGUCGAAGAAGAGGCGCACAUGUUAUGAAUGUGGCGUUCCUGGUCAUCUAUCGUCAGCUUGCCCCAACAGAAAGGCUUCUGUAGUUGUAACUGAUGAAAAGAAGGCUAAUAUUGACUCGACUACAUCAGCGUCGAAGAAGAGGCGGACAUGCUAUGAAUGUGGCAUUCCUGGCCAUCUUUCGUCUGCUUGCCCGAACAAAAAGGCUGCUGAGGUUGUUUCUAACAACAUGCAGCCUGUUGAUGAACCAAAGUCUGCACCUUCCAUGGCUUUUGAGCAAAGUAAAGCUGCUGAUGGAUCAAAUUCAGCACCUUCAAAGAGGAGGAAAUGCUACGAGUGUGGCAUAUCAGGUCAUCUCUCGUCAGCGUGCCCCAACAAAAAAGAUUCUCAGAUCAAUUCCAAUGAAGCGAAACCUAAUGGUGACUCAAAUACAGUACCUCCAGCCAUUUCAGACGAAAAGAAGGCUAGUGAUGACACAAAUCCGGCGCCUCCAAAGAAAAAGAAGAGACGUACAUGUUAUGAAUGUGGCAUCGCUGGCCAUCUCUCAUCAGAAUGUCCUAACAAGGCAGCUGCUCAGGCCAGCUGA